AUGGUUCUAGGAAAAAUAUUUCGAAAAGACCGUAAGACUGAACCUACUUCAGUCUUUUCAUUACGAAUUAUUGUAUCAACUUUUUCUUUUACUAAUGCAAAUUCAAUUCCUGUUCCAAUGUUAAUCUUUUCAAACAUUCCUAUGAAAUCUCAUAUAAAUUGUUAUUUCACAUAUGCUGUUAAUAAUACUCGUGAAGACAAUAAAGCAUGCAAUCAAUAUAUAAGACAGCCUGUAUUUGAUACUACCUCCGCGAACUAUAUCAGUUACUUUCAAGCUGAUGAUGAUUUAUUAUUUUCGCCAAAUUUUAACGAUAGCUUAAAGAAUAUUGGAAUUACGGUCUACAUUGAUGAUGCCACAUAUAAUGGUAAAAAUCUAUCGACGUCUAUAAACUUAAUUGCAAUUGACACAGAUCUCUAUAAUACUUAUGGGUCUAAAUUAUUUGAAGAUCAAGGUUAUCAAGAUUCAGUUUUUUUUAAUUCAAUAAUUGAAAUGAACACAUAUAAGCUAUUAUCCAAUCAAGCAAGUUUUAUUAUAUUUUCUUACGAUAUUCAAAUAAAAAGAAGUAUAAAAAAGUUUAUGACAAAAAGCUGGAAAAACUAUUUAGGAUAUACACCAGAUCUUGAAACAAUACCUUAUAUUACUUCUACUAUUGGUACAAAUGCUAUUCAACCAUGGGGUUUAGUUCAAACAAAUGUAUUCAAAUAUAAUCAAACUGAAUUGUUAAAGACUCUAGAAUCAAUGCAGUUUCUUGAUCACUUAACUCAUAAUACCGAUAAUUUAGAAGAUCAACUAUUUACUGAAAAGCUAGAAAAUAGAUUAGAUUCAUUACAAUUAUUUUUAAGAGAUUAUGUAGUAAAUGUGCAAUAUUUAGAAAAAAUUAAUAAAAAACUUAAUAGUAAUAUUUGA